AGUCUUCUAUUGCUGGUCCAAGUGUCUACAUCUCUUCCUCGUCUUCCUGGACAAUUUUUCAUGGUGGAUUACUAAAAACGGGAUUAUUUAAGAAAAUUUCUUUAUUGUGUGUAUCAGGAAGUUUCUAGGGAGGAUUAUCUAGUGAUUUAAAUGACUUUCCACUGUCCAUUGCGUUGAGAUUCAAUUCUGUUUUCCCUUGAAUUUUCUUCUUGGGACACCUCGACAAUGUCAAUUGUGUGAAUAUGUGUCUAUCUUGCUAAAGUGUCCACUCGCGCGAUCCCAUUUAAAGUGAUUGAGUGUGGUGAUUUUUUCGCUACUGCAAAUCUAGAUUAGGGAUUUAGGUUAUUGGAUUAAAUUUCUAAUACAAUUUUCUGCCCAAGUUCUUCAUUUACUAAAUUUUGGCGGUUAGAGAGCCAUUUUGGCCAAGAGUGACGCCAAAAUUUGGCGGGAUUUCUUUUUGGUAAAUACCAUCCCAAAAAAAAAUCAGUUAAAACUGGGAGCGAGUGCCUUGGGUCUUUACACCAUGUUCGCCCCAUAAAUCAAGACGGUUUGAUGCAAUUGUUCUCUUAUCACAUCCACUCCACCAAGUCUUUUUCUAUUCAUCUUAAACAUCUACACAUGCGUCUUGGGCAAUUUGAUAAGCACUGAUGAAUUUAAAUCAUAUAUAAAUCGUAAAUUUAGUCCUAACACCGUUUCAUUUGCAGAUCAACCAGACUCUGGGGAAGAUGUUGGUAGUGAUCGUGAAUUUGUGCUUCAUGGAAUAACUAAAAGCACCAAAGUUGCAUUUUCUCUUACUUAUUCAAAGUUUUUAAAAGAAAGUCUUUCUUCAAUUUUAAACAAAGUGCAUUAAGAUAAUUAUCCAAAUAUGAGUGUAAAUAAUCACAGUGGAAAAGAUGUGGAUUGUGAGGGAAAGGGUGAUGAAGAGCAUUUGCUAAAUCACGAAAAGGGUAACAAUGUGAAUAGCCAUCAAUUGGACAAUGUUGAGAAAAAUGGCGCGAAAACCACCGAAGAUCUCGAUAAUCUCUACAACCACAUGCCCUUAACUGACGAAACAACUUGUGGAUUUUGGAUAUUCAAGGGACCAUUCUAUCAAAAGUUUGCCAAUAAGAAGGCAUAUGUCUUCCUCUAUGGCGUUGUCGGGUGCAUCUUCAGCGCCACUUAUGCGUACUUCAAUGGAACCAUCACGACACUGGAGAAGAGAUAUAAGAUCCCUAGCAAAAACACUGGGAUCCUUUCUGUAGGCAAUGACAUCAGUACCCUCUUCAUUUCGGCCAUCCUGAGUUACUAUGGCGGCAAAGGCCAUCGUCCGCGAUGGAUAGCAUUUGGAUUAUUUACGAUUGUGUUGUUUUGCGUGAUGACGGGACUGCCGCACCUAAUUUAUGGCCCAGGGGAGAAUGCACUUUCCCUGACCACGGAGUAUGGCGCCACAUUUGACGAGAAUACUACUCAUGAAGUUAUGGAGGCGCAAAAAAUGAAGAUCCUCUGCAAGGCUAACAGAACAACGGUCGAUGAUGAAUGUGAAACUGAGGAGGGAAACCUAAUGCCGCAGAUCAUUCUCUUCCUUGCCCAGUUGAUCUCUGGCAUUGGAAGCUCACUGUACUACACCCUCGGAGUCUCUUACAUGGAUGACAACGUCAAAAAAUCCAAGACUCCAGCACUGAUUAGCUUAUCCUACUUCCUAAGGAUGCUGGGACCUGCAAUGGGCUAUGCUCUAGCUUCCGUCUGUCUUAAGAUGUACAUCUCACCUUCUCUGACACCCACGAUAAGUAACACCGAUCCUAGAUGGUUAGGUGCUUGGUGGCUUGGGUGGUUCAUCCUGGCAGGGGUAUUGAUCGUUUUCGCUUUUCUUUUGGGCCUGUUUCCAAAGAUCCUCCCACGAGCUGCUGCCCGGAAGAGGAUAGCAAUUGAGAAAGCCAAAUUGGGCAUGAACGUCGAUGAAGAGAUCCAAGCAGAACUACCAGCUUCCGUUAAAGAUAUGAUUACCACGUUCAAACGUUUGGUAUCUAACAAUACCUUGAUGCUGAACAACCUGGCAUCGAUCUUCUACUUCUUCGGCUACAUGCCCUACUGGAUCUUCACGCCAAAGUACAUUGAAACGCAGUACCGGCAAUCAGCUUCAGUUUCCAGCCUUGUGACCGGAACUGUGGCUCUAGUCUUCUCUGCCAUUGGAGUUCUGCUGUCAGGAGUCGUGAUCUCAAAAUACCGACCUAGGGCUAGGCACAUGGCAGCCUGGAAUGUUCUGGUGGGAGGUCUCUCAGUUAUCGGGAUGAUCGGAUAUGUGUUCCUGGGAUGUCCAGCCAAUGAUAACUCCAUGGUUACUGAAUACACAAUCGCAAACACUGCAAGCACUCCCGUGAUAGACUUCCCUAGAAAUUUUAGCACCUGCAAUUCUAACUGCCACUGUGACUACGUCAAAUACUCUCCGGUUUGUGGUGAGGACGGCAAAACGUUCAUCUCGGCUUGCCAUGCAGGAUGCAGACAGCAGAUAGUCACGGACAGCGGGAAGAUAUUCACAGAUUGCAGUUGUGUGGAGAGCAAAAACAGCUCUUUCUCAUCUUUCAAUUCUUCCUCUUUCGACUUCUCAGAGGACUUCUCACUAAGUUCCCCAGGAAGUGAUCUCCCAAAAAGUGGAUUUGCCACUCCGGGCUCCUGCCCAGUAGACUGCUACAAGCAAUUUUAUCUCUUCCUUAUUGUAAUGUGCUUCAUAAAGUUCACUGGAGCCACGGGCAGAGCUUCGAAUUUCUUGGUAUCUGUGAGAUGUGUCGAGGAGAAGGACAAACCCGUAGCCAUGGGAUUCAGUCUCAUGAUUAUGAGUCUGUUUUCAUUCAUUCCCAGUCCCAUCUUCUUUGGGGCUAUCCUCGACAAAACCUGCCUAGUCUGGGGAAAGACAUGCACGGGAACAGGGAACUGUUGGCUGUACGACGGUGAAACUCUGAGGUACCUCAUGAACUUCACUGCGGCUGUCUUUGUGAUCAUCGGAACACUGUUCGACUGCGGAGUCUGGUACUACGUGAAGGAUCUCAAGAUCUUCGAUGACGAGCCGAAUGAGACGGAGCUGAAGGAAGUGACGAAGGAGAAGGAGCAGCCAGUCCCGGAAAAGAAAUAACCAACAUAUUCCCCAAAUAGUUUUUUUUCUGUGUAAAUAAAUUUCGCUGUUAAUCUCA